GUUUUGAAGCAGCCUCCUGAGUACAGAACAACCAGGUGGUAACUCUCGCUGUGCGGCCGUGACCAGCUCUGAUUCAUCGUCGCUGGCCUCAGCUACCCCUCCGCAAAGUGGGACCAGGCAUCAGAGAGAGCCCAUGCCCGGAUCCUCGGGAGCUGACAUCCGGACCCUGCGCCCGGGCCGUCCUGCCCCCCAGCAGAGUGUGUCCGGGCUGGCCUUGGAGGAGCUGGCCGAAAUAGAACUGCAGAGAGAUGAGGAGGCGGCUGCUGCCCUGGGCACAGUGAGAAGGCCCUUGGUGGCACCCUCGGCUGGCCCGGACCCUGCUCUGAGCAUGAAUCACCCCUUCUACGAUGUGGCCAGACACGGCAUCUUGCAGGUGGCAGGGGAGGACCACCUUGGAAGACGAGUCGUCACGUUCAGCUGCUGCCGGAUGCCUCCGUCCCACGAGCUCAACCACAGGCGGCUGCUGGAGUAUUUGAAGUACACGCUGGACCAGUACGUGGAGAGCGACUACAUCAUCGUCUAUUUCCACCACGGGCUGAACAGCCGGAACAAGCCGUCGCUGGGCUGGCUCCAAAGCGCCUACAGGGAGUUUGACAGGAGGUACAAAAAGAACUUGAAGGCCCUCUAUGUCGUGCACCCCACCAACUUCAUCAAAGUCCUGUGGAACAUUCUCAGACCCCUCAUCAGUCACAAGUUUGGGAAAAAGGUCACCUAUUUCAACUAUCUGAGCGAGCUCCACGAACACCUCAAAUUCGACCAGCUGAUCAUCCCCCCAGAAGUUCAGCGGCAUGACGAGAAGCUUCGGGACCUGCAUGCGGGCAGGCCGCCCCCUCCUGCCAAGACGCCACCGCCGCGGCCCCCUCUGCCCACCCAGCAGUUUGGCGUCAGCCUGCAGUACCUCAAAGACAAGAAUCGAGGAGAACUCAUCCCCCCUGUGAUGCGGUCCACAGUGACGUACCUGAGAGAGAAAGGACUCCGCACUGAGGGUCUGUUCCGGAGAUCGGCCAGCGUCCAGACUGUCCGAGAGAUCCAGCGGCUCUACAACCAAGGGAAGCCUGUGAACUUUGACGACUACGGGGACCUCCACGUCCCUGCCGUCAUCCUGAAGACCUUCCUGCGGGAGCUGCCCCAGCCGCUGCUCACCUUUGAGGCCUACGAGCAGAUUCUCGGGAUCACCAGCGUGGAGAGCAGCCUGCGGGUGACCUGCUGCCGCCAGAUCCUGCAGAGCCUCCCGGGGCACAACUACGCCGUCCUCAGCUACCUCAUGGGCUUCCUGCACGAGGUGAGUGGCCAGGCUGGGCUUCAGGGGAGGAGCCCAGGGUCACAUCCUCCCUUGGCCUUGGAACCCCACUCUGGCCUUGAAGGAUGUCAUGCAAGGGCUGGCCAGGCGACACCUCCACUGAGAAGCCCUCCCACCUGCUGGGCAGGGUCGGCCAGGCCAGCUACCCUUGGCUGCGGGCAGGACCUUCUCCGCAGUUUCCUCGGCUCCUCUGUCGGCUCCUGCGUGGGCUGUGUCUGGAGGGGGCUGUGUGCCCCGGCCACGGGUGCUCAGGAGCGCUCCACUGCCAGCGUGGACGAGCAGGACAGGUGUCCCGGGAGAGCAUUUUUAACAAAAUGAACAGCUCCAACCUGGCCUGCGUCUUCGGGCUGAACUUGAUCUGGCCGUCCCAGGGAGCAUCUUCCCUGAGCGCCCUCGUGCCCUUGAACCUGUUCACCGAGCUGCUCAUCGAGUACUAUGGCAAGGUCUUCAGCAGCCGG